UAAGUAGGAUAUGCGGAUUGCCCUGAAAUUUUCGUCUCCUUCCGACCUUUUUCACUAACACGGCCGAAGUUUUUCCCUGGAUGCAUUUUAUUGCAUUAAAAUCUUGUGUGAACACUUCAUCCGAGAUGGAAGGUACCAUCAAGGAACGAACAGGACAUCUUUCCACUUCACUUCCAACGCAUGCUGCCAGUGAGGUGCGGCCAGGUUCAGCGGCCUAUCAAUGGCCACUCCAUAUGGAGCUGAAUUUUUUGGUACCUAUAAGAUUCCCCUUAUUACUUGGUUAGUGGAGCUAGUUUGUACCAGUGAUUCCCGGUAUGAGGACCGUUUCGUUUCUGCUCGCUGUGCUUGUCGUAAACAUCCUUUCCUUGCCUGCGAUACUUUCCAAAUCUUUUUCACCCUAUCCCCAGCUGGAAUCAGAGGCACGCAAUCGCGCUGCCCGCAACUGUGCUUCUGCUAUCCGUGCGUUUCAGGAGCAGCGCCGAACGAUUCGCGACUUUUCCAAGAAGUUGUCGGGCCUAGAGAAACUUUCCAACAGAGCCAUCAACGGACCUCUUUGGCACAAACCCAAGGGCAUCCGUAACACCACCUGUGUACUCACACCUGAAGUCACGGAAGGUCCUUACUAUAUUAAAAAUGAACUCGUUCGCCGAGAUAUUCGAGAAGGUCAACCUGGCGUUCCUUUGAUCCUGGACAUUGGUGUCUUGGACAUUACCACAUGCAAGCCUCUUCCGAAUGCGUUUGUGGAACUUUGGAAUUCCAACUCUACAGGGUUUUACUCUGGUUUUACUGAAUCUGUUCUCCCUCCUCCGCCCCCUGGCAUAUCUCCUAAUAUGACUGACGAGCUCGACUUCCUUCGCGGCGGAUGGCCGACAAACAAGAAAGGUGUCGUAGAAAUGAUCACUACGUACCCAGGCUAUUAUACCCUUCGAACUGUCCACGUCCAUACUGCCAUCCAAACACAUUGGAAAAAGGCAAGGAAUGGCACUAUUAUUUCGGACGCUGGUCAUUUGCUGCACCGCGGCCAAAUUUUCUUCGAGGAUUCUCUGACCGAUAAAGUUGUUGUCACUAAUGCGUACUUAAACAACACGAAGGGACGAACAUAUAACUCUCAGGAUGGCAUCUUCCAGCAGGAGAACUCGCACGGUUAUAAUGCUAUUGCUGACACCUAUCGGCUCGGACCUAAGAUUGGGGAUGGCAUUCUCGCCUACGUCACUAUUGGCGUGGACUCAACCGCUAGAUACUCAUUCAACUCUACAGAUUAUUGGAACCCCUGACUGAGAUGGCG